UUAAAGGUGCCACGUUGCUCAGCCGCCGUUAUUUCGCGCUGUGAGCUACACCGUGGGCGGUUUCCUAAGGACGGCCGCCGGCGGACCCGGGAAACCUAGAAAUGGACUCAGUGGCCUUUGAGGAUGUGACUGUGGACUUCACCCUGGAGGAGUGGGCGCUUCUGAAUCCAUCCCAGAAGAAACUCUACAGAGAUGUGAUGCAAGAGACCUUCCGGAACCUGGCCUCAAUAGGAGACAAAUGGGAAGAUCGUAACAGUAAAAGUCUGUAUGAACAUGAGACAGAUCUAAGGCGUGUGGUAGAGAGUCCCCGUAAAGGUACAGAAGGGAGUCGGUGCGGAAGUCGGUGCGGAGAAACCUUCGGGCGGGAGCCGAACCCUAAGCAGAUAGAGAGAACUUCUCCUGGAAUAAAACUCCGUAAAUGCAGCUUCUGUGGACAGAUGUUCAGGCACCACUCGUCCUUCAGUAGGCACAUGCUGUCUCACACGGGCCACAAACUGUACGAGUACCAGGAGUACGAAGAGAAGCCUUACAAGUGUAAGGAGUGCGGCAAGGCCUUCAAGCACCGCCAGUCCAUCCGCGUGCACGUCCGGACCCACACGGGCGAGACCCCUUACACGUGCCGGCACUGCGGGAAAGCCUUCAAGCACUGCCAGUCCAUUCGGAAGCACGAGAGGAUCCACACCGGGGAGAAACCCUACGCGUGCACACAGUGCGGGGAAGCCUUCCGGUACCGCCACAACUUCCAGAAGCACGAGCGGACGCACACCGGCGAGCAGCCGUACAGGUGCCGGCACUGCGGCAAGGCGCUCAGCUGCCUCAGCUACUGCCGCGUUCACGAGCGGACUCACACCGGGGAGAAGCCGUACGAGUGUAAGCAGUGCGGCAAGGCCUUCAGUUACGCCGGUUACAUCCGGAUACACGAGCGCACGCACACGGGCGAGAAGCCGUACGAGUGCAAGAAGUGCGGCAAGGCCUUCAGCUGCCCCAAUUACUUUCGCAAGCACGAGAAGACCCACAGCGGGGAGAAGCCGUACGAGUGCAAGCAGUGCGGCAGAGGCUUCAGCUGCCCCAGAUCCUUCCGCAGCCAUGAAAAGCGACACCGGGGCGAGAAGCCCUACGAGUGUAAGACCUGUGGUAAAAGCUACAGCUGCCCCGUAUACUUCCGGAACCACGAAAGGAGGCACAGCGGGGAGAAGUCGUACGAAUGCAAAAUCUGUGGGAAGGCCUUCAGCUGCCCGAAGUAUUUCCGAAAGCACGAGAGAAGCCACGCCGGAGAGGGGCCGUGCGAGUGUAACGAGUGCGAGACCGCCGCGAGUCCUCUCGCGAUGUUUCAGAGACCCGCGCCGAAGGCCGCCGGCGGCGGGCCGUACAAGUGUAAGGAGUGCGGCAAAGUCUUCGACUGUCCCAAUUACUUCCGAUGUCAUGAGAAGAUACAUCGUGGAGAGAAGCCAUUUGGGUGUAAGGAGUGCGGCAAAGCCUUCGGUUCUUCCAUGUCCCUUCAAAACCACGAAAGAGGUCACAGUCGGAAAAAACCUCACGAAUGUAAGGAAUGUGGCAAAGCCUUCAGUUUUCCCUGUUCCCUCCAGAAACACGAAAGGAGUCACACCGGGGAGAAGCCCUAUGAAUGUAAGCAGUGUGGGAAAGCCUUCACUUACCUCAGUUCUAUGCAGAAACACGAAAGGACUCACAGUGGAGAGAAACCGUAUGAAUGUAAGCAGUGUGGGAAAGCCUUCACUUACCUCAGUUCUAUGCAAAAACACGAAAGGACUCACAGUGGAGAGAAACCGUAUGAAUGUAAGCAGUGUGGGAAGGCCUUCAUUACUCUCUCCAACGUUCAAAGGCACAUGAUCAAGCACACUGGAGACGGACCCUGUAAAUGUCAGGAAUGUGGGAAGGCCUUCGAUUGUCCUAGUUCUUUGCGAACACACGAGCGGACUCACACUGGGGAGAAACCCUUUCAGUGUAAACGUUGUAGUAAAGCCUUUACUCGCUCCAGUUCUUUACGAAACCAUGAAAGAACUCAUAAUGGAGCGUAGCCGUAUGAAUGUAAGGAAUGUGGGAAAUAAUUCACUUCCAGCUCUUUCUGAGUAUACGAGAUAACUCACACUGGAGAGAAACCCCGUGCCCUCAGACAAUAGGGUAAAUCUUUCCUCACUAUUUUCUUGGUAUCCAUGGGACUCUUACUAGAGAGAAACUCUGAAGGUAAGGGAAGUCGUGGAAGCCUUUGUUUAUCACACAGCCUUUCGAGGAUGAACGCACAUGGGGAGAAACCAUAUAAACGUAAGGGAUGUGGGAAAGCCGUCAGUGCGUUUCAGCGAGAAGCCACGGAAGACCUCACACUGGAAGGGAUGGUAUUGAGUGUAGACUCUAGGAAAAGUCAUUUGCCCCACCUUCUUAUGAAACCACACGAGAAUAUAUAAUGGAUAGAUACCUUACAAAUGGAAAUCUUUGAUUUUUAACAAAUAUUUUCAAAGUUCGAUGAAUAUUGCACUGGAAGGAAAUCCAAUUUUUGUAAGUAAUAUGGGUAAACCGGGUGCAAAUUAAUUAGUGUAUAAUACUCCCCCAAAUCCACAACAUGAAAGAAACGUUAUUAAUGUUAUAUUGUCUUCCUCAGUGUUUUUCUUUUCUUUCCCGUUUUAUUGAGAAGAAUUGACAUUACUGCGUAAGUUUAAGGCAUGUAGCCUGAUGGUGUGAUUUACAUAUUUUGUGGAAAAGGUACACUGGCUCGGUCUUUUUUUUUUUUUUAAUUUAUUUAAAUGUUUAUUUUUGAGAGAGAGAGACAAAGUGUGAG